CACUGAAUUAUUUUUAUUUGUGCGUCGCCAUUUUUUCAUGAAAAGUUGCUGGAAAAAAGUGAAAAAUUUACAGAAAAUUGUAUUUGAUUUCACCUAGAACUUUAGAAACUUACUUCCUUAACUCUAUAGCGCAGUAUAAUGGAUAAAAAGUCAAAGGAGGCGUUAAGACGCUAUAAGAAAUCACGUCAGGCCCAGUCCAGCAGUGAAAGUAGUAGUAGUUCAGAUUCUGACUCGGGAUCCUCUAGUUCCUAUAGCAGUUCUGAUAGCGAGCGUAGACAUCGCCAUAAGAAAUCGCGACAGUCUGGUGCUAUAAGAAGAUCCACCAGCUCCAGUGAUGAGAGGCACAAGAGAGAUAAACGUGAUCAUUGCCAGAAGAAAUUGGAGGCCAAACGUAAUCAUUUGAAGCGCAAGUUAAAAGAGGCUAAACUAAAAAAAAAGGCUGCAGCUGCUGCGGCCGCCCUAAGUGGUCAUUCGCAUCGAGCUUUGUCGCCUGCCACACAAGCUAAGCUCAAGAAAUUGGCCGAACGUAAACACUUGCGUGCCGCCAGUAAAGAACGCCGCGAACGGGAGAAAGAAAAACACCGGGCUGCCCUAAGAGAACGUGAAAGGGAACACCAUCGUGUAAGCAGUCGUUCACCCACGAAAAUCACAAAAAUACGCAUACACCAAGAUGUUAAGAGGCAAAAGUCUCCACCCCGUAUGCAUCAUCAAUUGAUGUCAAGGGAAAAAAUUAUCAUACAAACUAGAACACGCGACCGUACACCCUCUGCCGAGAGGGAAAGGCAACGUCAUGAGCAUAAAUUGCGUCAUGAAGAUAUGGCCAGAGAACGUGAACGUCGUGAGAGGGAGGCCGCCCGUGAUAAGGAACGUGCUGAUGCUUUGGCCCGUUGCCAAGAACGUCAGAGGGAACGUGAGCGUUUGGCUCGCGAAAAGUUGAGAAGAGAGGAAGAAGAAAAGUAUGGCAAACCUCCAGGCCCCGAUCGUCUUUUACCGCGGGGACCUGAACGUGAAAUACCACCUGUGCGAGGUUAUGGCUCCCGGGAACGUUCAAUGGAACGGGCCAAACGUGAAAUGGAUCCCUACGAUCAUGGCUACAUUAGAAAACAUAGGGGAGAACCCGAGUUUGAAGACGAGCCGGAACGCCGCCACCUAGAUCGCGAAGAGUUGUUAAGAGAGCGUGAAUAUUUAGCUAGGCGCCGUGAAUUGAGUCCCGGUGAAUAUGUGGGUCCCAGUGGCAGUCGUAUGCGUGGGGACCCCCGUGAUAUAUAUCCAGAAGAUGAACGAGAUCGUCCCUAUAAGCGACCAUACUUGGAUGAAGGUGCUCCACGGGGACAUCCUAUGAAUCGUGAAGCUUGGCUGGCGGAACGUGAGUUGAGAGAACGUGAAUUGCAUGAACACCCAAGGGAUUAUCGUGAUAUUGAGGCCGAACGCAUGUAUCCGGAUGAACGUGAACGUUUACCACCACGUGAAGGUCGUGAAAGGCCGCCUUUUGUUGGUAGACCUGGCCCGGACUGGAAACGCAAUGAUUGGGGAUCUCCUAGAGAACGUGGUGAAUGGCAGGCUGAUGAAAGCGGACCUCCACCCCCUGGUCGUGUUAUAGGCUUUGUUGGUGGCCCCAAACGUGGUGGAGGUGUGGGUAUAGUUGGUAAAAUUCCUCCUUUAAUACAACAGCGCGAGCAGCGCCCACCUUCAGAACCCGAUUGGGAUGCGGAAGAGGGUCAAAUUGAUACACCAAAAAAAUCCGAAGGUACUCCAAAGCGCGAUUGGAUUGAGCAUGAUCAAAGGGAGUUGCCAUUAGCUCGUGAAAAGCCAGGACCCGUAGGUCGCCCCUGGAAUCCUAAUGAAUGGCGUGAAGGUGAUGAAGGACCAGGACCGAGUAGUGGCUACCAACGUGGUCCUCCCGGUCCCAUGUUGCAUCAUCCACGCAGUGAUAGAGGUGGUCGUGGCGGUUAUCGUGGUCGCGGAGGCCAUAUUGAUCACGGUGAACGUAUACCAGGAGGCCAUGGUUUUAGACCCCAUCAUCCUCCAGCUCUAAUGAAUCUACCCGUGCCACCACCAGGUGGUUUUCAUGGUGCGGGACCUAUGGCACGUUUUCCCAAUAAAAGGAACAUGACCUAUACUAAUCCCAAUAUACUAAAAAAGCAACAAGCUGCUUUAGCUGCCGCCAAAGCAGCUGCGCAAGCAAGUGCCGUAGCAGCAGCCACCACAGCUGUGGCGGCUGCCAAAGCUGCAGCUCAAAGUGCAGCAAAUGCCACUACAAAUCCUAGUAUUUUAGGACAAGUCGGUGGCAAUCGGUCACAGGCAAUUGAUGAUAAGCCAGAAGCUGGUGAAAUUGUAGGAGAUAAUGAACAAAAAGAAGAAUCACCCCAAACAGCAACUGCAGGAACUGUAGACGCUGAACAAAAAGAGAAAAAGAACAGUGGCGAACUAAGUGAAAUCAGUGACAGUGAUGAUGACAUACUAAAUAAGACAGAAAAGAAGACCAAAAUGGAAAAUGAGGAUUCCAAUUCACAAACCAAACCGGAAAGCAAAGAUGCCGGUGAAGAUAAGGGAGAGGAAGAUGAAAUUAUGGACUUUGAGGAGAUUUCAGAUGGUGAAUUAGAAGAGGAAAGAGCUGCUAAGGGAGUGGGAGAUGCAUUAGGCGUGGAUUGGUCUUCUUUAAUAGCUGAAACCAAACGUAUGCCUUCGAAUCAAACUACCACAGCUAAGCAAAAAUGGCAACCUCAUCGUAUUAUCUUAGAUGUAGGCAUUUCUAUGCGUAUGGCUGGCGAAGAAUACGCCAAACGUUUACUCAACGAGGCGAAGCAACAAUUGGAUGAAGAGUUAAAGGUUGAAGCGGUUAAAACUGAGCCCAAAGUUGACAUCAAAAGCGAAAUUAAAGAUGAGGUAUCCUCAUUAUCGACCUUAGAUGAAGAUUCUCAGGUUACUGCUCUGGAAAAUGACGACAGUACUUCCGACAUUAAGCCCAAAGAAGAAACGGAUGAUAAGCCAGAUGUUAAACCUUUACCAGAAGAGUUAACCACUGAAACCUUCAAUGUAGACUCUUUACCACCCAUAGCUUGUAUGCAAGUCUCCCAGCGCAAAUUGAAAAUGGAGAGACGACAAUUGAUAACAAAUGCUUGUGGUAUUAAUAGUCGAGCAUUAAGUGCUCGUCAAGAUCUAAAAUUGCGUAGACAAUUAUGUGGUCUGCCAGCGCGUGAAUGUGAAAUUACACGCAAUAUACCACAAACAAGUGACAAACUUAAGGCAAUGGCUUUAGCUGCUUUUCAAAGGACAUUACAAGUUAAAUAAAUUAGCUAAUUGUAUGGAUAAUUGUGAAGCAUGCAAUUUCGUUUUUUUAAAUUUAGUUUAGUAAUUAGUGGUUAUAUUUAAUCGUAUAUAUGCAUACGUUCAUAAAUAUAUAUGAAUAUAUAUAUGGAAUGGAUAUCUAAAUGGAUUAUGAAGUUGAAUAUGAAAUAGAUAGAGUGAACAAAACAAAAAAUAUUACCCAGGAGUGGUAAUUCUUAUUUAAAUUCCAAAA